AUGCCAACUGUUGAAGUUAUGGAAAAGUUUCAAAGAAAUAUAGAAAAAUUAAUCAUCAGCAAGCAGAUUGGUGACAGUAUUGCCUUUAUUUUCUGUGCAAUUCUACGAUCACCUCACAACAACAAUGCAAGACAUACAAUUUGCAUGGUAUCAUAUGAAAUAAAGAAAUUAUGUUGGGCAGAAGUUCAUGACAAUUUUGGCAAUAGGUGA